UCGGAACUCCAGUUUCGCGGAAGUUUUUAUUCUGUUGCCAAGUUAUGUAGGCAGCAGGUUGCUGUUGGUUCCGCCGUACAAAGUCAAAGCUUUGAUUGUUAAUCUCUCAGACUAGACACUGUCAAUCAGCAGAUGUUACAACAUGGAUCUUAGCUCGGAAUCUAUAAAGAGGAUACUCGGAAAGUAUAAGUUUCGAGAUGUGGCGAUCGAAGAACUUCAGAAAGUACACAGGAUACACCCUGAUUUGGUAGCACAGGCCGGCACAUACACUUUUACUGACGGCACCCAGAAGGACCUCCUUAAACUGGUGGGCAACAUUCCAGUCAGAUAUCAGGGCCACUCGUACAAUCUGCCCAUCCUCCUGUGGCUUCUGGACUCCUUCCCCUUCACCCCUCCCAUCUGCCUGCUCCGCCCCACCCCCAACAUGGUGAUCCGAGAGGGGAAGCAUGUGGACUCUCGGGGGAAGAUCCACCUGCCUAUCCUGCACAACUGGGACCAUCCGAAGUCCACGGUAAAUGGCCUCUUGGCUGAAAUGAUUGCCAAAUUUGAAGAAGAUCCCCCACUCAGCUCGAAAACUUCAAGAGACAGCAAGGACCCAACAGACCUGCUCGCCUUUGUGUCAAAACUAACAAUCGGAGAAAGCGGAGUCAAGCCUGAUCGACCAGUCAACAAAGUCACUGUAAUAGGAGGUGGAGACUUAGGAACGGCCACUGUAUUGAGCCUUUUGGCCAAGGGUAGCGUGGACAAGCUGGUCUUCAUUGACCUUCCUGACAGCUCAACUAAAGGAGGGACCAUGGAUUUAGAGAUUUUCCAUCUGCCCAAAGUGGAAGUUUCCAAAGACUUGUCGGCGUCGGCUGGGUCGAAGGUGGUGGUGGUGACGGCGAAUGCCUGGAGCGAUGAGCAGUCAUACGUGGGCGUGGUCCAGACCAACGUGGAUCUGUACAGAGGGUUCAUCCCCACCGUGGCCCGGCUCUGCCCACAAGCAGUACUGCUCAUCGCCUCUCAGCCAGUGGACAUCAUGACCCACGUGGCGUGGAGACAGAGCGGACUGAUGCCUUCCUGCGUGAUCGGUGCCGGGUGCAACCUGGACUCAGAGCGCCUCAAUUACAUAAUCAACGUCAGCCUCACAGGACACAGCACCGGCAAGCAGGGCUGGGUCAUAGGGGAGCUCUCCGACAACAAGGUUGCCAUCAUGGCUAAUAUGGGUCCGGAGAUGAUGCAGGUGUCCAACUCCGCCAAACCCCUGACUGACAGAGCCUUCGAGAUGCUGAAGGGGAAGGGGCAGAGGUCCUGGUCAGUGGGGCUGUCCAUCGCUGACAUCACCAACAGCAUCCUGCUGGACAAGAAGAAGAUCCACUCCGUCUCCACACUGGCUCAGGGCUGGGGGGGCAUUGGGGUGGAGGUGUUCCUCAGUCUGCCUUGUGUCCUGGGGGCGACGGGGUCGAUCCGGCUGGCCAGCGUGCCUCUGGGCCCGGAGGAGGACUCCAAACUGCGGGAGAGCGUCACGUCCCUCGCCAGCUUCCUGUCGCAGCUCCGCGUGUAACCAGGGCCCCCCACACUGUAGCCAGGUUCCCAGCCUGCCUUUAUCCCAGAUGUAGUUAUACCGAACCUGCUUUUGAGCCGUGUAGCAGUUAACACACCUUGCACUUUAUACAGGGAUCACCCAGCAGCAGCAGCGGAUCCCAUUCCCUGUUCCACUUGACCUGUAGCCUCAGAGAGCCACAGGGUGUGGUGGAUUUUGUUGGUAUGGAUCACUUAAUUAAGCAAUUAAAGCGGUUUAAACUCACCUCAUCUGGCUUCUUGGGUUUCAGUCGGUUGUGUGGUCAACAUUGGACACAGUUAAGGAAUCGGCUGCUGAUGGGUGAUGUAACUGAACUUUGCAAGCUGCUUAAAUCAUGAGAAAGGAGUUUCGGGACAAUUACCAAAUAAAAGGCAUUUUGUCUGUCCAAUCGGAUAUCUGCAGAGGGGCCUGACGUGACCAGACGGCACUGCUCCACAGCCAAUGGCAUCGGUAUAUAUACAAAGGGAGGCCGAGCCUCUUGGUCUUAGCUUUGAGGUUCCCCUCAAUGUCGGACAUUAACCCCAACAGUCUGCACCACAGAUUUAAACUAAAUACAUUUAGGAUUGUUCUAUGAGAAGAUUAUACUUAAAAAAUGUGUUUGGUUGCACAUGCAGAUCAUUUAAAAAUCACAUUCAGAAGGGCUGCUUACACAGUUUAGUGGUUACUAUGUCCAACUGAAAAAUUUCCUUGGCCCUGAUUAAGUACUUUCCUUUUCCAAUAUCAGGGUUUUGCAAAAAAGGAAAAUGAUUUUUCACGUGGAUGAAAACUGAAUAACUGGUACGGAUAUCUCAUACAAGCAUUUCCUCUGAAAUGAAUGAAAAUAGAAAAGUGACCAUUUAUACUGAAAUAUGUUGGCUGCUUCUUGGUACUGUACAGAAAAAAAAGUUUACCAUCCAGUUGUCGUACAACAGUGAAAAGUCUAAUUCUCACUUCCGCACAGAUGUUUUGCCAGCUGGGCUGGAAUGCAAUAUCCACAUUAGUCCAGACUCGGUUCUGUUUUCUUCCAAAGAUCAGUCGUGUGCUUUAUUUCGCUUGCUCAGGAUACUCUUAUUUGCUUUAUUGAAAAUAAUGCUAUUUAAUAUUUAUAUAUGCCAGCUUUACUGCACUGCUGAUUAGGGUCUGGGCCAGUUCCAGGGAGGGAAUGAAUUUACUUUGAUUAAAAAUGCAUAAUACAUAUUCUCCUAUGGGGAAUUAUUCAGUGAAUGCACUGAAAUGGAAUGGACAGCAACUCUGCUGAUUACAUUGGCACAAUGUACCAACCUACAUGAAGGGUCUAACAGGGUUUGUUUAAUGCUUGAAGAAUCAUUUGAAGUGUGAGGUAGUGAUAUAAGGGGCUGAGACAUACUGUUUGUUUAUUUCUGCACUGCUUAAUACUGUUGUAUUUACUCCUGCACAUUGGAAGGUAAACUGCUGCUUUAAGUGCCUUUUUAAGAACUGUUUUUGCUAAAGUUAAUUGAUCUGUGCACAAAUGCACCAUGUAUUCUUGUACUUUUGUGCUGUAUAUCUUUAUUUUAUGGUAUUAAAACAAUGGAAUCUAA